CUGGCGUAUACUUCUAACGGGACCAAAGUAUGUUCAGACACUUUCGCCAUUGUGAGGGACCACCGCAUGUAGAUCAGUGAGCGAAUUCAUUUGGGUUUCCUGUCAGUUCUGUGCGGCAGUAAAUAUCAACUGUGAUAAGGCAUUACCUCAGUUAACCAUUUAAGUACGAGAAUUUCAUCGAUUGAGGAUGCGGAUAGUGCUGGACCAUUAACCAGAAAAGUGGAAACUUACAGUUAACGGUGUCAUCUUCCAGGUUGUAAGGAGCACAAGACCGUCCUCUGCUCUAAUUGCGCUCCACUGAAAAAUAAGUUGACAUAUUUAGAAAAUACGUACCUACAAGCGGAAGACUGACCGUGGGACAGUGACUAUUGAAGUGAUGAAGCGUGCAGCAGAAGUGGUUAUGAAAGGCAAUAAUUCCAUUCAAUCAGCAGCCAAAGAUUUCAAUGUAUCCAAAAUGAGCCUAAAAAGAUUUAUAGAUCGUCUUAAAGAAAACCCAGAUAACGUUGAGUUUGGAUAUUCGUCGAAGUUGAUUUUUAACCGCAGGUAAGAAGCAGAUUUAACUAAAUACAUAAAACGAUCAGCUGAAAUAUAUCAUGGAUUAGGACCGAAAGACAUACGCCGCCUUGCGUAUGAUUGCUCCGUUAAAUAUAAGUUAAAAUAUCCUGCGAGCUGGAAUAAAAAUAAAAUGGCAGGCAAAGACUGGCUCAAUGCUAUUUUAAAGAGAAACAGUCGUUUAAGUAUUAGAAGACCAGAAGCUACCAGUUUAAGUAGAGCUACAUCCUUUAACAGGAAUAAUGUUUCCGGAUUUUAUGACAAAUUAAACACAAUUUUAUCUCGUGACGAACUCACUGCGUCGUGCAUCUGGAAUUUAGACGGAACAGGUGUUUCUACCGUUAGUAAGCCAUCAGAAAUCAUUGCUGAAAAAGGAAAAAGAACAUUUGGGUCGAUUACAUCUGGAGAAAGAGGAACCAAUGUUACACUGAUAGCCGCUGUUUCUGCAUCGGGUAGAUCCAUCCCACCAAUGUUUAUUUUUCCGAGAAAAAAGUUUCAAGAACAUUUUAUAAGAGAUGGAACACCCGAAUGCAUUGGAGCAGGAAACAAAUCUGGCUGGGUAACCGAUGAGGAGUUUUUCAUAUUCAUGCAGCAUUUUAUAAAACAUGUUAAACCCACUAAAGAUGAGCCAGUUUUUAUUCUGCUAGAUAAUCAUUCUUCCCAUAUCUCCGUAAAAACCUUAGAUUUGGCGAAAGAUAAUGGUAUUUGUAUGCUUACUUUUCCACCAUAUUUCUCUCAUAAGCUGUAACCACUUGAGGUUUCUGUAUUUGGUCCAUUUAAAAGAUAUUUAUCUUCCGCCUAAGAUGCCUGGAUGAGAAAUAAUCCUGAAAGACGAUGACGAUUUACAAUAUCCCAUCGAUCGUCCGUACAGCUUUGCCACUGGCUUUAACACCCAACAAUAUUUGCAAAGGUUUCGAAAGAUGCGGGAUCUAUCCUUUCAACAGAGAAGUCUUUGAUAAGAGCGAUUAUACUCAAUCCUAGGUUACUGAUCGACCUAAUCCUGCGGAUGGACAUGGUCAAUCUUCCGAUGAUGUAGAAACAGUGCAAGUGAAUGUGCUUUCUACUCCUGGUCUUUCUAGAAGAGUAGAGCCAGUACAAGCGAAUGUUGUUUCUUCACCUGGACCUUCUACAUGUACAAUAGUAGAGCUAAUGCAACUGAGCUACAUCAGAAGAGCCAGUGCAAGAAAAUGUGCAUUCUACCCCGUCAACACUAGGACACGACGCAGAUUUCUUUCGGGAAGUUGUAAGACCAUUUCCAAAAGCAAGUGCCCGUAAGCAGAACUCCGCUAUUAGAAAACGUCGACAUUACGCCAUAAUAACCGACACACCCGAAAAAAAAGACUUUACAGCAGGAACAGGAAAAAUCCAAAUCUAGGAAGAUUCCUGAUAACCGGAAAUCUGUAUGGCCCGUUGUGAAGCUUAUUCUGAAAGCAUCCCCGUCGAGCAAUGGAUCCAGUGUGACGCAUGCAAAAAAUGGGCUCAUGAAAAAUGUG